CCAAGUGCAAGGAAUCAUUCAAAACACACACAUACCAACAACAAAAACAGAGCACAAGAUGGCCAAAAACUCCCAUGCUCUGUUUUCUGCUCUGUUUUUUGUCCUCCUGAUCGGAGCCUCCCAUGCCGGUGGCGGCAUAGCCAUCUACUGGGGCCAAAACGGCAACGAGGGAACCCUCUCUGAAGCCUGCGCCACCGGAAAAUACUCCCAUGUCAUCAUAGCCUUCCUCAACAAGUUCGGCAAUGGCCAAACCCCUGAAAUGAACCUCGCCGGUCACUGCAACCCAGCUACCAACUCCUGCACCAAGUUCAGUGCAGACAUCAAGGACUGCCAGAGAAGAGGAAUCAAAGUGCUUCUCUCUAUCGGUGGUGGAAUCGGAAGCUACUCUCUGUCCUCCCCUAAAGAUGCAAGAACAGUUGCAACCUUUUUGUGGAACACUUUCUUAGGGGGCAAGUCAACUUCAAGGCCAUUAGGUGAUGCUGUGUUGGAUGGCAUUGAUUUCGACAUUGAACUUGGAUCAACACAAAAUUGGGAGCAUCUUGCACGUUUUCUCAAGGGUUAUGGAAAAAGAGUGUACCUUGGUGCUGCACCUCAGUGUCCAAUUCCUGAUAAGUUCUUAGGCACUGCACUUGAAACAGGACUUUUUGACUUUGUUUGGGUUCAGUUCUAUAAUAAUCCUCCAUGUCAAUAUGCUAAUGGGAACAUCACUAACCUUGUGAAUUCAUGGAACCGUUGGACGAGUUCUGUUCAUGCUGGGAAGAUAUUUUUGGGGUUGCCGGCGGCUCCGGCGGCGGCGGGAAGCGGUUAUAUUCCGGCUGAUGUGUUGAGUUCUCAAAUAUUGCCGGUGAUAAAAAAGUCAACGAAGUAUGGUGGGGUGAUGCUUUGGUCAAGGUUCUAUGAUGGGCAGAAUGGGUAUAGUGAUUCCAUUAUUAGCAGCGUGUGAAGAUGAAAUAGUGGUUGUAACUUGUAAUUGGUCAAUGAUUUCGUAUUCAUAGUUAAGUUGUUUUUUUUUUGUUACAUAUAUUCAUAGUUAAGUUGUGAUUUCAAGUAGUUGAAGUAUUGAAUAUUUUGCCAUUUUUAAUGGGUCUCUUCAUCCAAUUAAAAGUUGCCGCCCUUAAUGUUAGAAAUAAAAAUAAUGGAAAAUGAAUGAGGAUUUCUCUUA